AUGAAAUUAGAUUUCGUUCACUACCAUGAGAACGCGGUGAUACCGCAAAAUAUUUUGGUAUCUUUACCUUUGAAAUUAGAGGACGACGAUUUGUUGGCCAAACCUAGACGGGGGAAAAUGCCGACUAGGCCCCCAAAUAAUUUUUUAAUAUUCAGGACUGCAUACAUCAAGGUCCUGCGGUCUAAAGGUUAUUGGGGUUUAAGGAUGAGAGAAGUCACUUCCAACGCUGCGGUGGCUUGGAAGAACGCAUCAAAAGAGGUACGAGAGGAAUGUCAAAAAUUAGCUCUCAUAGCUAAGAUGAAACACGAGGAAGUUUAUGGAUCACCUCCUCGACAAACACGAAGGAGGCGUCAGAUAAAUAAACGUCGCCAACCCAGACGACCCAGUCCAGCCAGCUCCGGCUCCAGCCCCGUUCCUCCUUUAAUUUUUCCAUAA